AGGGAACAAUGUCCUUCCUUGGCGUUGUCUGGCUUGGAGGAAUAGCUGUAAUCCAAUGAUAUAUUCUGGGAUUAUGAGAAAUUGUAGGUCUAUGCAUAGAUCCGUGUGGAGUUUGGUCAUGUAACCUAGAUGCGCAACAGCCUUAAGCGCUCUACGCUGGGCGAACGUGAGAACCUUCAAAUGCCGAAGAGUGACGGGUUGGGCAGUUGGUGUCGCAUAGUCUACAUUAUCCAUGAAGCUAUGGAGAGUGAAUACUUCCAGGUUUGGAAAAUGUCCGAGCAGGGCAUGUAUGUCGGCAGGAGAAGUUGGUGGGACAACCUUCGCCAAUAAUUCUGUCAGGUUGUCAAACGUCUGUACCUGCAUGGUUGACAAUAUAACUUGAAUGCGAGGGAGCCUGAGCCAGACCAGUCUCUUUGGGAGCUGUGAUAUAAACUGCUCGUUAACUAUGCCAUCACUGACCUGCCACUCUGCGGGGUUUGGGGGUAGGAUAUCAUAAUCAAACACCGAAAGGAUAUUCUCGGUGUUUGUCGAGAACGAUCUAAGAAGUAGAUCAAGCAACUGGCCGUCUUCUGCGCGGACAGUGACGUUUUGGAUGCGAUUCGCCCGGGAUAAGACGCUACGGAAAGAGGGAAGCAGAUCGGGAGCGUGCUUAUGGCGGAUGCGAAGAGGCAUACUCUGAGAGUGCUCGAGCAUGAAGUCUGUGAGAGAGGUAUGUCGAGAACAGAUGAUCUCCGUCCACAUUUGGGCGGACAAAAGAGCUAUGUCGCGCCACCUCUUGCACACAUGAAUGAUGCUCAGCCAAGUCCAAUCGCGCACGGCGUCAUUCGAGUGGCUUGGUCGAUGGAGUAGAAAAAUCGCAAGCAAAAUUUCGUUCACAAGCAUGG